AUGAAUUCGUACCUCUUGAACAGGGCCCUAGGGUCCAUUUCCCCGUCCACCUUUCACUCCGCGCAGACCGUCCGUCUCAUCCACAACCUUGAACCUGCACCGGGAAUCCGCUUCUCGAGCACCAACCAGCCUGCGACCAGCAAAACACGCGAACCGAGUCCCGAUGAGAUUUAUGCCCACAAAGCCGGCGCAAAUGUACUGGCGAUAGAUCAGUACGAGGGUCGGUUUCUGGUGUCCGGCGGUGCCGACCCCUCGAUACACCUGUGGGAUCUUGAAGCACGAGGCUCCGAGCUCAGUUACACCCACCAACCGGCCGCGUCCAUCUCCAAGUUCUCGCACGACGAUGCCCAUACGCAUGCCAUUACGUCUGUUUCCAUCUACCCCUUUGACCCUACGCCGUCUACGAUCAUUACAACAUCCCACGAUGGCACCCUGAAGCUAUCGGCUCUGCAACCGGCAGUCAUAACACCCGUGCAUACCUUCAAGCUGGAUUGUACGCCGUACGCUCAUUCCCUGUCCGCGCAUCCGAGCUCGCCUCUACUCGUUGCCGUUGGGACCUCCGAAAAGCCCGUCCGACUCCUCGACCUGCGAUCCGGACUAUCCACGCAUGGCUUGCCCGGCCAUAGCUCAGCCGUCCUCUCCGUUUCGUGGGCUCCCCAUAAACCUCAUAUACUAGCAUCUGCUUCGACGGACAACCGGGUGAUUCUGUUCGACAUUCGCCGCGCCGGGCACAAUUCUGCCAUUGCCACACUUGACAUGGACGAUGCGGUUGGCCUAGUUCCCCCACGCAGUACUCCGAGCUCAUACCGCAGUCGCCCCGCGUUUUCACCCCACGCUCGAGCCCACAACGGUCCCGUGACAGGUGUACGGUGGACAACCGAUGGCGCAUAUCUUGUGACGGCUGGCCAGGACGCCAGGAUUCGCGUAUGGCAAGCUGCAACCGGUGCCAACACGCUCGUCCACUUCGGCCCUCGCGUCCAAAAUACAUCAUCGUCCCACCUAGCGGAGAGAGCGCCGCUGAUUCUCCCACAUGCUCAUAUGGGCACGGGUCACGAGACGCUUCUUUGGGCCAACUUUAGCGAUUCCGACGACCGAGGAGAGAUCUUCAUGCUAGGGCUUCGCGAAGGGACCUUUAUCAAGCGGCUCCGAGUUCCCGGGCUGAUGGCUCGCCGAUCACAAGCACAGGUUCGAUCAAAUGCCCUUAGCGCCGCACGAAUAAACUCUCUGGCGUGGCGUGGGAAUGGCGCCUCUGGAGAAGGCAUCGAGGUGUUCUCCGCCCAUGGCGAUGGAACGCUGAAAUCGUGGGUUUCGCGGGAGCCAGAAGAAGCGACAAGUGAAGCCGAGGAGGCCGAACAGGCUGACCGCAAGCGUAAACGUGAUGUACUUGAAGAGAUCUACCGGGGAUUCGUGCCGCCGUCAGCCUGA